CAAGGUUUGCGUUUGGCAUCGUCGCUGCAUUUGGUAAACAGGAACAUGAUCCUCGAAAGCGGGGAAUUCAGCGUUUCUACGCAAGAACUGCAAGCCCUUGCAUCGCUCGACAGCCGCCAGUACGGGUUCCUGAAGCUCUCAGCACCGGAAAACUUGAAGAAGAAGGCACUGGUGUUGAAGGCCGUGAAAUAUAUCGAGCGUAUGCUCAUCCAAGCUUACAAUCAGAAAAAGGCUCACGACGAUGAAGCGGAUAAGCGAAAGGAGAAGUCAUCGGGUGGGACUGGAUUGGUGGACGGUGGUGUUAAGAUAAAGCAGGAAGCCGAAACUUCACUCGCCGAUGUUGGGGUGACUAUCGACGAAAGUCUCCCAGCAGAGAUCAUGUCAACCGAUGGCAGUGCGGAGACAAAACAGUCUUCCACCGUCGAAAAUGAGAUUAAAACGGAGAAUGAUGGCAGUGUGGCGAUGUUGCAGGAUGGUACGGAACAGGAAGAUGCGGUGAAAUCGGAAUGUCGCACCGGUGACGAUGGCGACAAGGAUAUUAACAUUGAUCCAAAAACGUACUGCAAGCUUGGCCACUUCCAUCUGUUGCUUGAGGAUUAUGAAAAAGCCUUAUCUGCGUACCAGAAGUAUUAUGCCCUUAAGCCGGAUCAUUGGAGAGAUGCACCGUUUCUGUACGGGUUAGGGUUGGUGUACUUCCACUACAAUGCAUUCAGAUGGGCGAUCAAAUCAUUCCAGAAGCUGCUGUACGUCUGUCCCGACUUUGUGCGUGCCAAUGAAGUACACCUGCGGCUUGGGCUUAUGCUCAAGGUGAAUGGAGAUUACGAGCAAUCGCUAAAGCACCUGCAGCUAGCACUGAACGAUUCGUCCACUUGUACCCUAGGACAGCUUGACAUCCGCUUCCACAUUGCCCAUCUGUAUGAGGUGCAGAACAAGUACAAGACAGCGAAGGAGGCAUACGAGCGGCUACUGGCAAACAAGCAGCUGACGGCGUCACUGAAGGCCGACAUCUACCGGCAGCUGGGAUGGAUGUACCACACCGUUGAUCUGCUCGGUGACAAGGUACAACGAGAGCGGUACGCUAUCCACUGUCUGCAGAAGUCGAUCGAGGCGGAACCACGCUCCGGUCAGACACUCUACCUCCUGGGACGUUGCUUUGCCGGCAUCAACAAGGUGCACGACGCGUUCAUCGCCUACCGGAACUCGGUGGAGAAAAGCGAAGGCAACGCCGACACAUGGUGCUCCAUUGGAGUACUCUACCAGCAGCAGAACCAGCCUAUGGAUGCACUGCAGGCCUACAUAUGUGCCGUGCAGUUAGAUAAAUCGCAUUCAGCCGCCUGGACCAACCUAGGCAUCCUGUACGAAAGCUGCAAUCAGCCACGGGACGCGUACGCCUGCUUCCGUAACGCCACUAUUAAUCAGGACCAACAGAAGGAUCGUACUGUGAGUGCGUGUGAGAAGUCAACGGUACCUGCCACCACUGCCACUGGUUCUACGAAAGCAAACGUUACGACCACAGGUCAGGGUACCACCACCACCACCGGUACUACGUCCGGAGCACCAACACCAAACUCAUCCACAGCUGGUACUGCAGUCCAAACAAGCGGCAGCAAUAGUGCUACCACCCCGACAGGAGGAGCCUCAGGUUCUCUGCUAACCGUACUGGGUGAUCUAAAUAGCAACAACAACGGCGCCAACAGUAGCAGAUCGCAAAGCCUUACACAGCGUAUCAAAUUCCUGCAACAGCAUCUCGGUAACGCUCCUAUGCCGAGUAUAACGUCCAAACGGCGGCAGUUACCGUCUAUUGAGGAGGCCUGGAAUCUGCCCAUUUCCAAUGAGAUGAGUUCGCGACAGCAACAGACAGCGCAGGCACAGCAACGCCAGUUUCAGAAAGGAUACGGACAGGGCGCCCAAUAUCACCCGGGACAGCAGCAGGUGGGCAGCAACAAUGGUCUUCCGAACAAACGCUUCAAGCAGGAAGAUGGUCGGCCUGGUGCGGCAGCUGGCGUUGGAGGUACGGUGGCAGGCCAACCGGUGCCACAGUUCUUCCUUAACCAGCAGCAGCUGCUCCAGCUGCAAUACCUUCAGAACCAGAGUAACUUGACCAGCCAGCAGCAAGCGAUGCUCCAAUCGCUCACCAAUCAGUACCGGUUGAUGCAACAACACCAACUGCGCCUUCAGCAGCAGCAACGGAAUCAACAGCUGCAACAGCAGCAGCCUUCCUUCCCGGUAGGGCAACAGCAACCACAAGCUGCCGGUGCAGGAGGAGGAGGAGGGCUGGUGGUGGCUGCGGGGAACAAAACGCCGCAGUCCGGGAUCGUUCCCCAGACGGCUACUGGGUUCGUGAACGAUGGUCACUUUUCGCCAGCCACCGGGCAAUCACAGCAGACCGCUGGUAUGCCGUACAAGUCGGCGGGAGGCACGUACGCACCGUCCGGGUUUCCUGUUCCAAGCAGUCAGCCUUCCGGUGGGUUCACGCAAAUUACCUCCACCUCGAAUCAUCAGUCCGAUAUAGACAUACAAGCUAUACUGGACGAUAAGGCGAUGUUCGCAGAAUCGUUACUCAAACAGCUUAGCUCCACCACGACGGACAACAAAGAUCUAAGUACGGCGGAAUCCACCAGCACCACUGCUGCAAUGGCGUCGAACAGCAGCAGCAGUACGAAAUCCCCUCCGAUAAAAGCGGAAGCAACCUCCACGACAACAGUUCCCGGUGGUGCAGCCGCCGUCGCAAGCGUCAAACGGCAGCUUCUCAAACAGCAGCCGGACCACAUCAAACUGGAACCGGUGGUAAAGAUUGAGAAACUACCCUCGCCCUCAUCGAUCAUGGAUGGAUUCGCUGGUACGGUUGGUAGUGAUUUUAAGAUCUCAAUGUCGUCGAAAGACAUACAGCAGCUGGUACGAAGGCAACGCAAUGCCGGAGAGCUGAAAGAUGUACCGGCCGUGUGCUCCGUCCUGGCAGCGGAUGCACCACCACCAUGCCCACCGGACUGUCCACCGACACGGUUAACGCGAGAACAGUUGCAACCUCCGACGCCCUCCGUGUUUCUCGAGAACAAGAAAGACGCCUUCAGUCCACAGCUGCAAGAGUUCUGCCUAAAGCAUCCGAUUGCCGUUGUGCGGCAAUUGGGCGCAGCGCUUAAGCUUGAUCUCGGGCUGUUUUCGACCAAGACGCUGGUGGAGGCUAAUCCCGACCAUACGGUGGAGGUACGAACGCAAGUACACCAAUCGCCGGAUGAGAACUGGGAUGGUAACAAGAAUUCGAAGGUGUGGGCCUGCAUCUCGCACCGAUCGCACACAACGAUCGCGAAGUACGCACAGUACCAAGCGUCUAGCUUUUCGGACAAGAUUAAGGAGGAGCGUGAUAAACUGGCUGGCAUCUUGACCGCUUCCACCAACUCCGAUUCCGACUCGAAGGACUCCAUUUCGAACAGCAGCAGCGCAUGUGGUACAGCUGGAACCGGUGGUGGCGGCGGCGGCGGUGGUGGAAAUAGUUCCGCUACCGGAAAUGGCAAACGGAAGAAGUGCAAAAACGGUAACAAAAUGUUACGCUUCGGCACAAACGUCGAUCUUUCGGAUGAGCGUAAGUGGAAGGCACAGUUGCAGGAGUUGCAAAAGUUGCCACCGUUUGCGCGCGUCGUUUCGGCCGCCAAUAUGCUGUCGCACGUCGGUCACAUGAUAUUGGGCAUGAAUACGGUGCAGCUGUAUAUGAAGGUGCCGGGAAGCCGGACGCCUGGUCAUCAGGAGAAUAAUAAUUUCUGCUCGAUCAAUAUAAACAUUGGACCGGGCGAUUGCGAAUGGUUUGCGACGCCCGAUUCGUACUGGGGUGGCAUUCAGGCGUUGUGCGAGAAGAACAACAUCAACUAUCUGCAUGGUUCGUGGUGGCCGGCACUGGAGGAUCUGUACGCGGAGAAUAUCCCGGUGUAUCGGUUCACGCAGCGGCCGGGUGAUUUGGUGUGGGUUAAUGCUGGAUGCGUGCACUGGGUGCAAGCCAUCGGGUGGUGUAAUAAUAUUGCGUGGAACGUGGGUCCACUGACGGCGCGACAGUAUCAGCUAGCCGUGGAGCGGUACGAGUGGAACAAGCUCGAAAGUUACAAGAGCAUCGUACCGAUGGUUCACCUGAGUUGGAAUCUCGCCCGUAACAUCAAGGUGUCCGAUACGAAGCUGUUCGAAUCGAUCAAAACCUGCCUCAUGCAAACGAUGAAACAUUGUAUGCAGGUGUUGGAGUACGUAAAAUCACUCAACAUAGAAGUUCGGUUUCAUGGCCGUGGUAAAAAUGAAGCUUCACACUACUGCGGGCAAUGUGAGGUUGAAGUGUUCAAUGUGCUGUUCAUUCGCGAGCAGGAAAAGCGUCAUAUCGUGCACUGUAUGGGGUGCGCGCGUAAGCAAUCGCCCGGUCUGCAAGGUUUCGUGUGUCUCGAAGAGUACACGCUGGACGAGCUGAUGCAGGUGUACGAUGCGUUUGUGUUGCACACACCAGCUCCACCACUGCCACCAAUUUCUGCUGCGCCCGCAGUACCAGUUCCUGCACAAUCUCCGCAACAUCCCGCAUCGUCUCCGGCCGGCUCGAAUGCCGGUGGUUCGCAAAUAAAUGUAAGCUCUUCAACUGCCAGUUCUACUACUGCCGCCGCAUCGUGUUCAUCGUCGUCUGCAACGGCUGGCGGCGGCGGCACCAACAGUGGAUCGGUGCCGGUGUCUUCGGCGGCUUCGUAA